AUGGCACGUAAUGUAUCAUACAUGCUUAAUUUGUAUCAUACAAGUAAGUAUGUGAUAGAGAACGGUAGCAUCAACACUUUUUCGAAUAUGCCGGAUGAUAGUUUGUUUGUUGAAGAAAGGUUGUCAUAUGAGGGAUUGAUUAGUAAGAUUUGUAUGACACUUGGUUGGGAUCCAGCACACGUGAAACUCCACCUUUCUUUGAUUUUUGAUAGUCUCGGUGGUAGGUGUGUAGUGAAGAUCAAGAAUGAUUCGCAUGUAGAGUUCAUGAACCGUGUAGAUCCAAUGUCAUGUUCGGAUUUAUACAUAGAUUUGGAAGAUAUCACUCAAGAAGAAAGAGAAGCGAGUUUGGAAAACGUGUCAUUUGGUGGUUUUCCAAGGGGGGAACGUGCUAGUACUUCUCGAAACCGUGAUGAAGAGGAGACACCUUUAUUUGCACAAGAUGACUACCGGGAAGAGUCAGAUUCCGACUAUAUAGCUCGAAGUGAAAGCAAAGAAGACUGUGAUAUCUCCGGAGAGAGUGAUUUUGAAGAAAGUGUUGAUGAAAGGUUGGAAAAUGAGGAAAGGGAUUGUAAUCCAUUGCCCCGACGCCAUGUAUAUAGUCAAAUUGGGAAAUGGGAUGCCUCAUAUGUGGACAACGAUGAGUUUGCUCUUAAGAUGUGGGAUGAGACGCCUGAAGGAAUGGACAUUGGUGUUUGUUUCAAAUCUCAAUCAGAAGCAAAGCAUGCUGAUGGUGAACCACCAUGUGAGUGGAAGAUGCAUGUGUCUUUGAAAGCUCGCGGCCUUCAUGAAAUUGUGAGAUGGCAUGAUGCACAUAAUUGCAUGACUCCCGUGAAUGAUAAUGACAAUCGGUGUGUGGACGCGUCUUUGAUUGCUAGACUCAUCCGGAGAAAGGUUGAGGACAACGUGGAUUAUACGGUAGCCUCGGCACAGAAAGAUGUGAAGGCCUUAUUGAAAGUAGAUGUGCCAUACAAAAGGGCGUGGCACGGGAGGAGGAAAGCCAUAGAAGCGGUCUAUUGUGAUUGGACCUCGAAUUUCGAAGAACUUCCACGGUAUAUCGCUGCACUUAAGUUUACUAAUCCUGAGAAUGUAGUAGAGUGGGAAUGGAAGGAGGGACAAGAAGACCGGAAUGCAGGGUUGUUGAGCGCAAUGUCACAGAUGGAUGAAUGGCGUGAUUUAGGUGAUGGUGGCCACUUUCUUUGCCUCCGCCACGUUUGCAGUAAUCUUGUGUCGCGAUAUAAUAGCAAAAAAGUGAAGCGGUUAUGUUGGAAGAUGGGCACAACGCUUUCAAGAGUGAAAUACAACCGUUUGAGGGCAGAGCUUAUUGAAUUCAAACCUGCUGCAUGGGAGUAUCUUCGAGGGAUUGGAGGGAGUAACUGGGCUCGAUUGAAAGCCGGUCUUCGCCGUUGGAGCAUAGCGACAACCAACAUUUCUGAGAGUUACAACAAUGCGUUGAAAGGGGUCCGUUUUUUACCAAUUAGAGCCUUGAUCGAUGCAACCUUUCGCAAAACUGUUAAAUUCUACAGAGAAGAACAAUUGUCUGCAAGAAAUUGCAUGACACCGAUCCCUCCUGAUUUAUGGAAAAAAUACGAGAAAAUGAACAACAAAGCAGCCAGUUUUGAAGCCACCCCUUUUGAUGGUAAUGAUGCUAUGUGGCGUGUUGUUACUGCAACACAGCUAAGUGGCAGGGAUGGGUCUUUGCAUACGGUGAACUACGAUGAACAUAGGUGUUCGUGCAGAAAGAGGAUUGAAAUGGCGACGCCGGCAUCGGGCUCGCAAUAUGACUAUCAACCUAAACAUCUCCACCCGGGACCUAUACAAGAUAAAAUGCUAUAUUGUCAAACAAAGCAUAGGUCCCAAGCUGUCUAUGAGAACAAGAUACCAGACAUUAAAACAUUCCGCCUCAAGGGUCGUAGUUCUUGGCCCAGGUUGAGGAUUUGGAUCAGUGUAGUCGAUACAGUAGGGGAUCGGCACUGCUGGCUGGUAUGGGCGUAUGAGCGGAUCGAGAGGAUCGCGCCACAAAGAAAAGGAGUAGAUUAUUUGAUUGAUGAGACCGCUCCAUUAGCUCAACGGUACACCUACGGCGACGCCCCAAGGAGCAGUACCCCACCUUUUAGAGAUCAAUUAACAAGCCUGCGUGUUGAAGAUUUUCGGUGGCAACCAUGUGCACAUGUCCUUCAUAGACUCCCUGAUUUCUGUACACAAGGCCAAGCCAUUUGGACGACCAGGUGUUGGAUGUUCUGUUGGGCUAUUAGGGAACCCCAUGAGUCGGGCAGAGUUGUAAGACAAUUUGGAUACAUACAAGAUGUUCCCAAGCGCCCUAUGAUUAAAGAUAACGCAGCAUUCCUUCUCGAUCACGCCCACAGUAUGUCUGGAUAUCCUAGCAAUAAUUGGUUGGACCACCAUUCCACAGUACGCCGUCAUUGGAAUAUGAGAGAAGAACUGAUAUCUAAUCCCGGUAAUUAUGAACCUCAAGGAUACGAGACUUAUUCGAGCCGCGUGAAAUUAUAUGGUGAAGUAUUGAACAACAUUCGCGUGAGUAUCAAGAAGUUUAGAGAAAAACGAGAAGAUGAGAAUCUCUUAGACGAAGAACUCGACAAGUAUUUGGACGAUAUCAUCAAUCAAGCACAUGUUGCUUUAACCUUGGGCGCAAAUGAUGAGAUGGAGGUGGAGGAUACCCAAAUCCUGGUUGAUGAAGAUCCAUCUUUGCCCUCACAAUCUCCGCCGGGUAAAAAGGCGAAACCGUGGUCGAGAGAUAAGAUUGGAGGAGUAAGAAAGAGGAAGCUCACAAUCCCCCCUCGGACAUCGCAACAACAAACUGAGGGUCAACAAAAUGAAGAUCAAGCACAUUCUUCUCGAGACUCGCGCAUCCAGGUCGAGACUCAUUUUGAAGAUACUGGUGGACCCGAGACUCAGUUUGACCUUGAUGGACCCGAGACUCAGUUUGGUGGACAGUCGCAACCACAACCGGGAGUCAAAUUUCUUACCAUGGGGAGUCCCAAUCCCAACCCCAACUCAAGGCUCAGUUUGGUGGACAGUCGCAACCACAACAGAGUUCAAUACUCACGUAUCUUAAGAGGGGGGACAGGAUCCGGCAGGGCCCAAACAAAUACACUUCGGAUGUGCACAAUAAAGGAAAAGGGAAAAAAAUGA